GGGCAGCAGGCGAUGGCGGCGGCGGCGGCGGCGGGUCGGCUAGGCUGGUUGCUCGCCGCGCUCUGCCUGGGCAACGCCGCCGGAGAGGCGGCGUCGGGCCCGCGAGUGUUGGGUGUCUGUCUGGAAGAAGACGGAGCCGCGGACGCGGGGUGGGCGCGCGGAGGAGAGGUGCGGGACGCGUCGGAGGCCACCUUCCGCCUGCGCGUCUUCGGCUCGGGUUUGGCCAACAGCUCCUGGUCCUGGGUGGCCCCCGAGGGGGCGGGCUGCCCCGAGGGCGGGCCGGCCGCGGCGCCCGAGGAGGCGGUGGCCCCCACGGGCGAGUGGCGCGCGCUGCUGCGCCUGCGCGCCGAGGCCGCGCGCCCGCACUCGGCGCUGCUGGCGGUGCGCGGGGAGCCGGAUGGCUCGGCGGCCCAGGAGACGGCGGCCCCCACGGGCGAGUGGAGCGCGCUGCUGCGCCUGCGCGCCGAGGCUGUGCGCGUGGAGCCGGGCGGCGCGGCAGCUGAGGAGGCGGCGCCGCCCUGGGCGCUGGGCCUAGGGGCGGCGGGGCUGCUGGCUCUAGCGGCGCUGGCGCGGGGCCUGCAACUGAGCGCGCUGGCGCUGGCGCCCGCCGAGGUGCAGGUGCUGCGCGAGAGCGGCUCGGAGGCCGAGCGUGCGGCGGCGCGGCGCCUGGAGCCCACACGGCGCUGGGCCGGCUGCGCCCUGGGCGCGUUGUUGCUGCUGGCCAGCCUGGCGCAGACGGCGCUGGCGGUGCUGCUGUACCGCGCGGCCGGCCAGCGUGCGGUGCCCGCCGUGCUAGGCAGCGCGGGGCUCGUGUUCCUGGUGGGCGAGGUGGUGCCGGCCGCCGUGAGCGGGCGCUGGGCGUUGGCACUGGCGCCGCGCGCGCUGCUCCUCAGCCGCCUGGCCGUGCUGCUGACCCUGCCGGUGGCUUUGCCCGUGGGCCAGUUGCUGGAGCUGGCGGCGCGGCCCGGGAGGCUGCGCGAGCGCGUGCUGGAACUGGCGCGCGGGGGCGGCGACCCUUACAGCGAUCUCAGCAAAGGCGUGCUGCGCUGUCGGACCGUAGAGGACGUGCUUACUCCGCUCGAGGACUGCUUCAUGCUGGACGCCAGCGCCGUGCUGGACUUCGGCGUCCUGGCCAGCAUCAUGCAGAGCGGCUAUACGCGCAUCCCGGUGUACGAGGAGGAGCGCUCCAACAUCGUGGACAUGCUCUACCUCAAGGACUUGGCCUUCGUGGACCCCGAAGACUGCACACCACUCAGCACCAUCACCCGCUUUUACAACCAUCCACUCCACUUCGUCUUCAACGACACCAAGCUGGACGCUGUCCUGGAGGAGUUCAAACGAGGGAAGUCCCACCUGGCCAUCGUGCAGAGGGUGAACAACGAGGGUGAAGGUGACCCCUUCUACGAGGUGCUGGGCCUGGUCACCCUGGAGGACGUCAUUGAGGAGAUCAUCAAGUCUGAGAUCCUGGAUGAGUCUGAGGAUUACCGAGAUGCCACAGUGAGGAAGAAGCCUGCUUCUCUGAGUGCCCCUCUCAGGCGGAAAGAGGAAUUCUCCUUGUUCAAGGUGUCUGAUGAUGAAUAUAAAGUGAAAAUCUCGCCUCAGCUGCUCUUGGCCACCCAGCGCUUCCUGUCCCGAGGUAACUGGGAGCCCAGACUGGGGCCUCCCACUUGCUCAGAAACUAGGGAAGGGUCUGAGAAGAGGGAGGAUCAUCCAGAUACACACCCCCUGAAUAACUGGGGUUGCUGCUUUCUCCUUGUGCUCUCUUCGGCAGGAAAGUUCACCAGUCCCCAGUGUCCUCGCUCCAGUCCAUCCGCCAUGACCUGCAGUCUGAGCCAACCGAUGGUGGCCGCUUGUCUGCGUACUGUCCUGACUACACCGUGCGGGCCCUCUCCGACCUACAGUUCAUUAAGGUCACGCGGCUGCAGUACCUCAAUGCACUCCUGGCUACUCGAGCCCAGAACCUGCCACAGUCCCCGGAGAGCGCAGACCUCCAGGUCAUCCCAGGCAGCCAGAUCAGGCUCCUCGGUGACAAGACAGCCACAGCAGCAGGGCCCAACCACAGCAGACCUGGCCUCCCAGCGGAGGAGAGCCCUGGGCGGAACCCAGGGGUUUAACUGCUUGCCAGGCAGCCCCAGGUGUGGGCAAUGGACAAGCACGUGGGGAACUGGAGCGCCGAGGAGUAGCUUCCCGUCAGCCUGUCCCCAUCCCCUCCAGGCCACGUUUUAGAUGGCCCUUAUAGAUGUGGGUCCUGGGCUGUUCUCAGAACCAGACCUCAGUGCCAGGAGCCUUCAGCAGGUCCUGCCCUCCUUUAGGAAAUGGGGGUUAGCUGGGGCGCAGCCCUCCAGGCCUGCUUCUGAAGGGAAUGGAAAGAACACUGUCAUCUCCGGUCCCCAGGACCCAGCCUUCUCCCUGUGACAGUGCAGUGUAUUUAUACCUCUUUGGGCCAAGCCAUGAUGUGAGUGCACGAUUACUGUCUUUAUGUGGCCGUGACCUGUACUCACUUUGCUUUUAAUUUGCCAACUUUCUGCUGCCGGCAGCACUUUUUGAGCAAACCAAGAGCACUAGUUUUGGCUGGGGGUUCACAUCCAUGACCUUGGCCACAGUGAACUAUUUGGCUUCCCUUACAAUGCCAUGUUUCAAAGCACAUGCCCCUGCCUGUUGCGUGUGCCAAACCUAGAAGAAGCACGAUGACCCACAAGUAUGUCCCACUGUCCUGCUCCCUCCUGUGGAGGUUGCUUCUCUGAGCCCUGAGCUCAGAGCCCUGAGCAAGCAAGCUGGCCCCCAGUGGCACUGAGGAGUCCUGCUCUUUCUGCUUCUCAGCCUGUCUUGCUUAGUUGCCACUAACAGUAUUUGUCUUUUUCUGUGUUUUAAGAAGAGGUCAUACAUGGGAGGAAGGGGUCUGCUGCACCUAAUCCUUUCUUAGUUGCUGGAUCCCAGGGAGAUUAACAAACUGCUAGACCUGUUUUUGUACCUUCUUCCUAGGCCUCUGUGGAGAGCUGUAUGGCUGUAAUUUGCACGGAGAACACCAAGGGGGAGGAGGGAAGGUUGGUUAUACACCAGGCAGAUCCUCAUCCCCUUUCUUAAAAAAAAAAAAAAAAAAAA